CCCGCUUGGACUCCCCUGUCAGGGAAUUUCCAGCAAGAGGUCUCGGGGAAAAUUGAAAUCCCGACCGCCGAAAGUACUAUUUAAGUAUGCCUUACUAAGCUGUCAAUUUAGGGAUUAAAAACUGUUUAGUGCGAGCAGUGCUACCGUAUGUACGAGGUGCUGUAUACUAGCACGAUCGUAUGGGUUGCGGUGGUAAAGCCAGAUCUUCUCCGACAGGGGGCUGGUACCUCCGACAAGUGGUAAGUACCCCCGACAGGGGGCCUCUUGACCUGCAUGGUUUUCUAUCAAUUUAUCAUUUUAAAUAAAGAAUAUUCAAUACAAUUUUUCUCCGAGGAGGAGGAGGGGGAAAACCCCUUGUCGGGGAGCUUGGACCCCUCUUCGGAGAAUUCCUGGCGCCGCCUCUGCAAAUAUUGACAUAGCUUGUAAAUUUGACCUAUUUUUAAAUUUCUGAUUUCAUCGGCUAUUGUUAAAAUUAAGCUUUGCUACGGCUUUUAUUUGACCUAAUAUUAAGCACAGUGUAACCGGUAAUGCACUAGUGCCCAUGAAUAAGCACUUGAAUAACUGACAAACUCGAUUGUAUUUUUCAAGCAUCACUUAACAAAUUGACUAUUAUUUAGGCCUAUAAUACCGUAGCCCCAAUGCCAUACCUUUCACCACCACUUGUUUGGAGAUAGAGUCAAUCUGUAAUAAUGGAGUUGCUGAGAGGUUUCAAAGAAAAUGUUAACCGUCGCAGGAUUUUACGUGUCAACACGUUGGACACCGACUUAAAGCGAUAUAUGACAACAUUUGAUUUGACCUCUUUAGGUCUAUCUCAUAAUAUGGGUAUUGGUAUAUUUAUAUUGGUCGGUUCUGUAGCAAACACUUUAGCAGGCCCAGCCGUCACUCUUUCUAUCUUGAUAGCAGCGAUCUGUGCCCUACUGUCUGCUCUCAAUUACGCAGAGUUGAGCAGUCGAGUCCCGAGAUCUGGAAGUGCAUAUGUAUAUGUAUACAUGGUGGCCGGUGAGAUAUGGGCUUUUGUCAUAGGUUGGGCAAUGAUUUUGGAAUAUAUGGCAGCUACUACUAGCGUUGCAUCUACCUUUUCCAUGAUACUUGACACAACUUUCAAUGGAUUUAUGAAGAAUAUCACAGUUGAUUUGUUGCUGCGUGGACACGAAUGGCAGUCACCCUACUUCGUUCAUUACCCAAAUAUAAUAGCCGGUAUGUUCAUCUGUUUAUAUACUCUUGUACUAUUAUGUGGUAUCAGCAGUUUCUCAAAGUUUAUAAAUGUUAUGAUAUAUUUCUUGAUGGCAGUUUUGAUUGUGUUCAUCGGAUACAGUUUGCAGUAUAUCGAUGUAUCAAAUUGGAGCAACUAUGGAGGAUUUAUGCCAACUGGAAUGCUAGGUGUAAUAGCGGGAGCUGCAAAACUAUUUUUUCUUUUUGGAAGUUUUGAAGUCAUUUGUACAUCAAGUGAAGAAUGCAAAGAUCCUAUGAAGAGUAUACCAAUUGCACUGGUAUUGUGUAUUGUAGUCUAUGCUAUUUUUGCAAUUGCAUCUGGAAUGUGCCUUACUUUGAUUGUUCCUUGGACGGAAAUCAAUCAUUUUUCACCCAUUCCAGAAGCGUUUAUGCAAUAUGGAGACGUAUUUCCAACAUACCUGAUAACCAUAGGAAUCCUUUUUGGGAUUACAGGGUGUGGACUCACAAGUAUGUAUGGAGUCACCAGACUUACCUAUGCAAUGGCAGUUGACAAACUUCUGUUUUCGUUUCUAGCAAGUGUCUCUCGCAAUCAAGUACCUAUAGCUUCAACAAUUGUCUCGUUUGUAGUAACAUUUUUCGUCGCCUUACUUAUACCAUUUGAUUCCCUUGUCGAUCUAUUGAAUAUCGGUAGCAUUACGUCAUACCUUGUUGUGGCUGCAUUAGUGGUAAUUCUCCGCUACAGGCCUGUUCAAGAAAACAGUAUGUUCUUCAAAAUAGACAAGGGGGAGACAGCCUCGGAAAAGGAAAAUGAACCAGUAAUAAUAGGCGGUACAUUGAAAGAGAAAUUCAAAUAUCUGCAUUUUCUUGAAAGUCAGAUUCCAGGACGAGUGGUAGUGAUUUGUCUUGCCAUAUUCAUCAUAUGUUCAUGGUGUUUUUUGCUUAUUUUCUUCAAAUAUUCAACACUCAUAAAUAAAGGACUAACCCUGAUUUUGAUGUCAGUACUCUCUAUAAUAUCGAUUGUAAGUGUUGGUAUCAUACUGCUGCACCAUAAAAAUAACGACGACCCCCCUAUAAAGGUUCCAUGGGUUCCGUUUGCUCCAUUUAUCUCUAUCCUGUGCAACAUUUGUCUCUUGGUGAAUAUUCCAGCCGAAUCCUGGUCGAAAUUUCUUGUCUGGUUGUUAGCAGGUUUGAUUAUAUAUUUCUGCUAUGGUUACCAUCACAGCAACGCAGUGGUCGACACAAAUGCUGCGAUUCCGAAACAAGAUUCCUCACCUCUGUUAAAUGAUAGUGAAGAAAUUUCUAAUUUUGGAACAACAGAGAUGGUUGAUUUACGACCUCAAGAAAAAAACUAAAUGGGGAAAGGUACGAGAAUACAGAAACUUAUAUCUCGCAGCGUCAUUGUGCUGAAUUGCGUAUGGGUGCAGUGGUCCAUGACUACCAGCCGCCGUAAAGAGGCCCCUACAUGUUCACAUCAUUCCACAAUGACAGGGGCUGAAAUAAACCAUAGCAUCAUCAACAUAUACUCUCGAACAAGUGCACAUGAGCCAGAUGACGUGUUAACUUGACCUCUAUUUUAAGUCCUUAUCCGAGAAGACCUGGUUUUACCAAUCGAACCCUGGUCGAACGGAACGGCUCGAUCCAGCACCGAUGUUAAGGCUACAGUAGCUAUAGCGGCCACUCGAUUCGCCCGAUAAGUGCAUAUGGCACCCUUCUAAAAUCGGAAGGGGUCCACAUUUGUAAGACAGUCGAGAAUGUACCGAAUAAACAUUUUCAUUUUUUGUAGUAAUGAUAAAUAGAAAAAUACCAUAUAGUAUUUAAGUAUAGGAUUGCCACUGGGAUGAGGUUGGUUUUGCGGGAGUGGAUCCAACUGGGGUCAGGUGCAUGGGAUCACAGUUUCAUUCUCUUUACCAACGGCAAUCUUAAUGCCCGAAUACAGGCUUAACGAUAGAUUGUUGGAAAAAUAUUUGAAAAAAAAAUUAAGAUUACCUGUUAAUCCUUAUUACAAAAAUAAUAAUAUAGGCCUAUAUAUUUUUUAUUUAGUACAUUCUCGACUGUCUUCUAAUUUGGACCCUGUGCAACGCAUUUAAUAUCAUAAUGGAUGUAUUUUUUACAUUUGUUAGUAUCGAGCCUGAAGGGCUCGGCCAAAAGAAUGGAAGAAUAAUAGUUAAAAUAAUAAUUAACAACAAAUAAAGGUUAAAAACAAAAAAAAGAAAGAUUAAUAGAGUAUUUCUUUUUUAUUAGGCUAUUUGGUAUUAGCAGCACACAGGCAAAUCUUUCUUCCAAAUUGUAGUACAAAUAAUUGUAUGUAUUGCCAAUAGCGUCUUGUUCUCUCUUUACGGGUCCACAGGUGUCAUCUUGGUUUUGUUAGAUUAGUCAUCAGCGUUUGAUACAAUUGAUCACGCUUUAUUGCUGAACACUCUCAAAGAAUCUUUUGACAUUUCUGACAAUAUCUCCAUUUACUAUAGUACUCUUACCUUGAUUCCAGGUCUUAGUGCUAAUGUUGGGUCUAAAUUUUCCAACACACUGUUUUUCUUUAAGCAUGGUGUUCCGCAAGGUAGCGUACUUGGGCCCCUUUUGUUUAUCUGCUACACUUCUGGCCUUUCUAACAUCAACAAGGCAUUAAAUUUCAUUUGCUGAUGAAACAUGUUGAUCUUAAUAACUCUACUGACAUUGCAUCGACUCUUUAUUCAAUAGUCUUGUAUUUCUUCCAUUAUCAUAUGGACGACUACAAUGAAACUCACGAACAACAGAACUACUUACUAUACUUCCAAAAUCUAGACUGAGCAUUUUUUUAUUCCCCUAAUUCAGAUAUCCUUAGAGGGUUUCAAUACCGUCGUCAACUACUACACGUAAUUUGGGUGUACUGUUCGAAAAUCAUUUUACCUGUAAACCUGGAUAUUUUCACCUUAGACGAAUUUAAUCUGUUCGUCUAUAAAUUUCACCUUUUGUAGCUGAAUCACUCGUCCAUGCUUUUAUCACCACUAAAAUUCAUUUCUGUUAACUCUCUAUUAAUGUGGGACUUAUACUAUGUUUCAGAACUCAGCAGCACGUGUUGUCUGUCUCACUAAACUUCGAGACUAUAUUUCACCUAUCCUGAAAGACCUUCAUUGGCUACCGAUAAGAAAAAGUCUAAACUUUAAAAUUAUUCUACUCACUCAUAAAUGCUCAUAUGGAUAUGCUCCACACUAUCUUUCUUCAUCAAUCUCACAACAAUUAUCUUUACGUUCCACAGGACUGUCAAAUUCUCAGAGGUUAUCUGUUAACAGUAUGCUGCAUGUUCGUACUGGCGAACAGUCUUUUUCUUUUGCCGCUCUAUAUUAUACAAACUCUCCAGAUUUAUUAUCAGGCCUUGGUCAAUGCACAUAACUAUAGAAUUAUUUUAAAAUAAAUCACAGAGGGCUCCCAUUGUUCUCUAUUCAGCGCCUACAACUUUUCCAAUAAGGCAACUGAUUAUUAUGUUUAUUACUAUUUUUCAAUUUCUAUCUAUGAAAUCUAUGAUUUUGUGUAUAAUUUAAAUGUGUUAUAAAAUUAUUUUUUAUUACUGUAGGCCUAUUAUUUUUAAUUAUUUAGUUCGUGUUAUUAGCAUUGUAUCGUACAAUUUAUAAUUACUCUAGUACUGGUAGGUUGUAUAGUAUUUAGGAAUUUUAGGAAUUUGAUAUAAUUACAUUGAACUCUAACCUCUGGCUGUUUUCAGGGAGAAAAAGAAAGUCUGUCAUAUCUACAGAUUGUGGGACUGUAAAAUAGAUUAUAUUAAAUAAGCAUUUCAAACUCCUAAAUUGUUGGAAGUUUCAAGAGUUGAGACAUCAGGACGUAUGUCUUUACAGUGUCCUUUUGUGGGACCUUUAGCAACAAUAUCCAAGCGCAAAAGUGCAUUAUUUAAAAGUGAUAAACUGAUUGAAGUAUUCAUAUUUGUGUCAUUUUUUAAAUAAUAAAUUUACAGUGCAGUUGAAUAUCUAUUUUACAAUCUUUAGUCUUGUAAUUAAAUGUUGUCAUUCUGAGUGAUUGUAUUUUAUUCUUAAAAAGAAAUUAAAGAUUUAUUCAUAAUCUUUCUAUUUUAAAAUAAUCAAUUUAUUCAUUCAUUUCUAAUAACAGAAACUCAAAUACCAUCGAAACCUAAUAGAUACUAUGCAAAUACACAGCGAAGUUUAGAUAUAAUAUUCUGUGAAAAAUAUAUCGCUCUAAAUAGCAGUAAAUAAUGAAAUAAAAUGGAUAAAAAUGUAUCAGGGGUCAUUUACAGUACUUGAUGUAAAAAAAAAAAAGGAAAAUGACACCCGGUUCUAACUAAACGAUCUGAUAAGUAUCAGUUCGGUGACAAAUAAUAGUCAGGAUAGUCAUGAUGACGUCACCAAAACUGAUUAGGGGAUUCUGAUCAGAUGAUUGAUGACUGGUGCGGGCACAGAAUAGAAGUGUAUCAGCAUUUUAUUUGUCGCUGAAACCAACGAUAAUAAAUAGAAAAAGAUAGAGCAGUUCGCGAUAUAGUGGAACGCCCCCAUGAGAGCAAUUUUCCUCCAUCCGAGUGUCGGCGCUUUAUCUUUGAUUGGUUGGAUAACUCUUUGAUUCGUUUGUUUUCAUUAGUUUCUCCACUUUAUGAAAUAAUUUUCCUCCAUUCUAGAGAGGGCGGACGUUCCAUCAAAUUUAAUGCAAACUACGCGAAGAGCUAAUUCUUCUGCUAUUUAUGUUCUUUGCCGAAACUAUCAUUUAGGUAGAAUCGGUUGAAAAUAAUGCUUGGCUGCAGUUUUUUGAGAUAUAGUACAAACAUUUUAAAAAUUGAUUCACAAACCCAGAUUAACCAACCCAACACAAUGAAUGCACGCCAUCGUGUCAGGAUUCAAUAUUUCGACAUUAAUUUUGUCAUCAUCAGGAAUGAUGACAUAAUUAAUGUCGAAAUAUUGAAUUCCGACAAGAUGGCGUGUAUUUCGAUACUUGGAGUAUAUCUUAUCUGAGAUUAAUAUUUUCGGUUUCAACACAAGGACAUUAUGUACAUUUAAUAUACUGUAUAUACUGUAUGUAUUCGAAUGAAUGCCCCAUUUUAAAUAAAAUCCUCCACCCUUUGAAUAAACACCCCUUCAGAAUCUCAUUUAGAAUAAAUGCCUCCCUCGAAUAAACGCCCCAAAGCAUUUAGUUUUUCCUCAAAUACAUGCCUCCUAAAAGACUGCAAACAAAACUAAAUGGAAGCAAAAUCAUUGUUAACACAUUCUAUUAAUGUUCUACUCCAGUAGCUGGUUGGGAUCAGUAAGUCUUUAUGAUAAUGCAAUAACACAUUUUGAUGAUAAUUAUGUGUUGCUUACAGUGAGAUUCAUUUGAGUACAAGUAUCCAUUGAGUACAUAAACCAAAAAAUAAUCUCCUCCCUCGAAUAAACAUCUCCCCCUCAAAAACCCUUCUCAAUAAUAAAUGCUUCUCAUUUCUCACCGGAUAUAAAUAUGGUAAUUAUAUAUAAUAAUACGGUACUUUAAUAUAAUUAUUAAUUCAGAUAGGACCCUGAUAAUAAAAUAAGCUUCUGUGGUUUUAGAGUGGUUUUAAGCCUACAGUAUAUAGUCCACAUAUACCCAAUUUUUUUUUAUUCAUCAUUUGGCCAUAUAUAUAUAUUGCUAAACACACUUUUUCAGUAGCAAACCUUUUUACAAGACAAAUGCACACCAGAUUCUUUACAAAAAAUAAGGCUCAUUAUGAAUGCGAGCGAGUUGUUUUGGAAGGCAAGACUCUUACGCCGUCCUAUACAACACUCUUCUUCAAUCAGUCUAACAAAUUAUAUAAUAUUAAUAAAUAAUAUGUGGCGAAGACAAGCCAAACU